AUGGCGGAUUCCCAAGAGAAGGGGGUCCCCCCCAGGAGGGUCUGUCGUAGGAAAGGGCUGGUGCUGGUCCUGUUGCUUCUCGGCUGCCCCGGGAUCCACCGGCUCCCCCUCCCGCUUGCAGACCUCCUCCUUCAGCCCUCGCGUCCUGGGAUGCCCUCCGGCGCUCGCAUGCCCCACCAGGGGGCCCCCAUGGGUCCCCCGGGCCCCCCCUACGUCGGAAGCCCCUCCGUGCGCCCCGGGAUGCCACAGGCGGUGAUGGAGCCCACGCGCAAGCGGGCCGCCCCCCAGCCGCAGCCACAGCAGCCACAGCAGACGCCGACGCAGGCACCGCAACAGCAGACGCCGCAGCCACAGCAGACGCCGACGCAGACGCAGGGCACUGCCCAACAGAACCGGUCCCGGAGUGUGAAGAGGAGGAAGAUGGCGGACAAAAUCCUCCCUCAAAGGCAAAAGCGGAAGCUGCGCCUGUACAUCUCCAACACCUUCAACCCGGCCAAGUCGGACGCCGAGGACUCGGACGGCAGCAUCGCCUCCUGGGAGCUGCGGGUGGAGGGCAAGCUGCUGGACGACCUCAGCAAACAGAAGCGGAAGUUUUCCUCUUUCUUCAAGAGUUUGGUCAUUGAACUGGACAAGGACCUCUACGGACCGGACAAUCACCUGGUCGAGUGGCACCGGACCCCCACCACCCAGGAGACGGACGGCUUCCAGGUGAAGAGACCGGGAGACGUCAGCGUGCGCUGCACUCUGCUGCUCAUGCUGGACUACCAGCCUCCCCAGUUCAAGCUCGACCCCCGCCUGGCCCGCCUGCUGGGCAUCCACACGCAGACCCGCUCGGCCAUCAUCCAGGCGCUGUGGCAGUACAUCAAGACCAACAAGCUGCAGGAUUCCCACGACAAGGAGUACAUCAACUGCGACAAAUAUUUCCAGCAGAUCUUCGACUGCUCCCGGCUGAAGUUCUCCGAGAUCCCACAGAGGCUGACGAAUCUGCUGCUCCCACCGGAUCCCAUCGUGAUCAACCACAUCAUCAGCGUGGACCCCAAUGACCAGAAGAAGACGGCCUGCUACGACAUCGACGUGGAGGUCGAGGACCCCCUGAAAGGGCAGAUGAGCAGCUUCCUGCUCUCCACGGCCAACCAGCAGGAGAUCACCGCCCUGGACAACAAGAUCCACGAGACCAUCGAGUCGAUCCACCAGCUGAAGAUCCAGAGAGACUUCAUGCUCAGCUUCUCCAGGGACCCCAAGGGCUACAUCCAGGACCUCCUCCGCUCCCAAAGCAGGGACCUCAAGGUCAUGACGGACGUGGUGGGGAACCCGGAGGAGGAGCGGAGGGCAGACUUCUACCAGCAGCCCUGGUCCCAGGAGGCCGUCAGCAGAUACUUCUACUGCAAGAUCCAGCAGCGCCGGCAAGAGUUGGAACAGUCUCUGGGGGUCCGCAACACAUAA